AAAGCCCCAGUUAAUUCAGACACGGCCUUGGGAAGGAGUUAGAUUUGACCAGACUUCUGCACACACAUUUUGUACAAGAUUAGUUUCUAGUGGGACAGAUGCACCAGUCCUCGCUAAAACUGUGGAUCAGCAAACUUACAACACAUGACAUUAGAUUUAACUCCUAAACUCUCCAAGUGCUCAUUGACUCAACACGGCUCAAACAAAACACCACCAGGGGCAAGCUGGGCCGUUACCCACCAUGGCCAGGAAAGUAAGUCCCCCCAAGGACCUGAAAAAGCCCAGGGGCAAAAAAUGCCACUUUGUGAAAUUCUUUGGAACUGAGGACCACGCCUGGAUCAAAGUAGAACAGCUGAAGCCCUACCACGCCCACAAAGAAGAGAUGAUCAAGAUAAAUAAAGGAAAGCGCUUCCAGCAGGCAGUCGAUGCAGUGGAAGACUACCUAAAGAAAGCAAAAGGGAAAGAACAGAACUCUGAUUGUAAAGGAGAUUCGAAAGCAAAAAAAACAUCCAACAAGCCACUGAAAAUUCUAGAGGAGGAUGAUGAGGACCUCAGUGCAUUGAAGGACCCUUCUGAAAAGGACUUAACUGAUUCUGACCCUGAGCCGUCUGCUAUUGAGAGGCUGGGGGCUGGACCUGGUUCAGGAUUCAAAUGGGAAAGCAGUCCUGUCAAGGACGACCCACAUUUUCAUCACUUCCUGCUUAGCCAGUCCGAAAAGCCAGCAUCAUCAAUGGAGCCAAUUAGCAAGCGGCUGAAAAUCAUUGAAGAGGUCACAGGUUCAACUUCUAUUCAAGCAGCAGACAGCACAGCUAUUAAUGGCAGCAUCACGCCCACAGAUAAAAGGAUAGGCUUCCUUGGUCUAGGCCUCAUGGGUAGUGGCAUCGUUUCCAACCUGUUGAAAAUGGGUCAUGUUGUCACCGUGUGGAAUCGCACUGCAGAAAAGUGUGACCUGUUCAUCCAGGAAGGAGCCAGGUUAGGCCGGACUCCUGCAGAGGUGGCCUCCAUGUGUGACAUUACUUUCUCAUGUGUCUCAGACCCCAAGGCUGCCAGGGAUUUGGUGUUGGGACCCAGUGGAGUGCUCCAGGGAAUCAGGCCAGGCAAGUGCUAUAUAGAGAUGUCCACUGUAGAUCCAGAAACCAUCACAGAACUCUCACAGGUGAUCACAUCACGGGGUGGCCGGUUCCUGGAGGCUCCAGUGGCAGGAAGCCAGCAGCUCUCCAACGACGGGAUGCUGGUUAUCCUGGCAGCUGGUGAUAGAACGGUCUAUGAGGACUGCAGCAGCUGCUUUCAGGCCAUGGGCAAGACCUCAUUCUUCCUUGGUGAAGCAGGCAACGCAGCGAGGAUGAUGCUAAUCCUCAACAUGGUCCAGGGCAGCUUCAUGGCCACCAUUGCAGAGGGGCUCACUCUGGCUCAGGCCACCGGCCAAUCACAGCAGACCUUCCUUGACAUCUUGUGCCAGGGCCAGAUGGCGAGCACCUUUGUGGACCAGAAAUGUCAGAAUAUUUUGCAAGGCAACUUUAAACCAGACUACUAUUUGAAACACAUUCAGAAGGACCUGAGGCUAGCCAUCUCUAUGGGCGACAUGGCCAACCAUCCAACUCCAAUGGCUGCAGCAGCCAAUGAGGUUUACAAGAGGGCUAAAGCACUGGACCAGUCAGACAAUGAUAUUUCUGCAGUCUACAGAGCCUACAUUCACUAGAGAGAGAGAGGUGACUUAUCCUCUGGACCACGCAGUCUUUAAUCAUUUAUCUCUUCUUUGUCAUCUAAUGAGUUUUUAUUUGAAAUUCUAGUGGUUUUAUUUCAUUUUGCCCUAGUGCCAGUCACAUUGUUUGCCCCAUGCUACCCCAAGUCUGGGAUUUUUGCUUUUUUUGUUUUUAAAGGCAAUCUGGAGCAUUGCACUGACUGUACUGGGAAGGACAAACAUUGUAAGAAAGCUCCAAAAUGAGGUUGUACUACUAUGCUGCAGCAGCAGUCCUGGUUUCAUCUUUUUGAAAAAUGGUCAACAAAAUACAGUGUCUGGAGAGAUCUUGGGGUCCAGCCCCACUGUGUGGCUAGAAGCGUUGCUGUCAUGUUUUGUGCACACAUAAAGUUAAACCUUUUUUGCUCAAGUGAGUAUUUUAAGUGUAAUCUUUGCUUUUUUUUUUUUUCUUUAACUCUCAAGAUCCCUAACAGAACCACCAAGAACAUGCCACUGCAUUGCCUUAAUAUUGAAACCCUUCAAGUAUUUCAAGUAUAGAUGUAUUUAUUUAUGUUCCUCUGUAGGUUGUCUUGUGCAGCAUGGUCAUGACUUCUUCCUGUGGUAAACUGAAUCCUUGUUUCUUACAUCAGAGGGUGUAAUCUCUAAGGACCGAUCAACAAAUACGUUGAGGCCUUAAACUCCAGUAAAAGCUAGUUUCACCAGAACCUGAGUUCCGCUUAUUAAAUCAUUGGGUUUUUGGGUUUGGGGAAAGUUCUCGUAUCUUCAUCUUUUUUGAGUUCAGUUACUCCUCUUAAAGAAGGCAAAUCCGGUUUUUUAUUUGUAUUUUGAAAUGUUUAUUAUUGGUUGGGAGUUUAUAAAAGCCGUGGAAGAAUAUUAAGUCAAGUAACUGAAAGGUUUAGGUGGGAUUUAACAACCGAUAAUCAAAUCUUUAUUUAAAUCUUAAGCUGAUUUUUGGUGGAAUAUAAACUGUUACAUGAUUCAACUCGGGGUCCAGAAUGGCAUGUUGAACAGCUCUGUUUCUGAUGGUUUCCUCCUUUGCUUCAACUAACAAGUAAAGUAAACACAGAGCCAUGAUGUUGUCAGAUGGACUCUGCUUCAUGCUUCAGUUGUUUGCUAAGAGAAAAACAGCACUUCCAUCUGAUAUUACUGGAGAGCAUGUUAAUUAUACAGCUUGUUAAGUUCUGUCAACUUCAUUUUCCACAUCAAAAUACCUUUCUUCUUUUUAAUACUUUUUUUAUAGGACUUGUUGAUCUGCGGACACAGGUCUUCAGCUUUUAAGCACAGCACUUUCCACAGUUUACCGACACCUUUUAUUACAGCAGCAGUAGAAAGAUUCACGUUUUGAUUCAUUUUAAUUGUUUUUACAAAAUCACAGGUGCUACAAUUGUCACCCAUAACAAUCCUAAUAACACAAAUCAGAAAUAUAUAAAUCAGAAAUGUAUUUUUAAUUAUAAACUUUUAUUAAAGUAUCAAAGUUUCUAGUAUCUAUUUAGCUUUUUGUCAUGAAAUUCUUAUUUCUUUUAGUCACUCUUCAAUAUGGAAUAGAAAAGAUAAUAUAGCAUUCAAGUAAGGCAUUAAAAUAUAUACUGGACUAAAUUUUCAGAUGAUUAAAAAGGGAAAAAAAUCUGUUACUCCAAGUGGGAGAUGCUGCUGCUAAUUAAUUUAAGACUUCUGUAGCAGGGGUGCCUAAACAUGUGGAGGGUGCUGUAGCUACAUAACAAACAGCUUCUGAUCCUCAGAAGAAAACUAAAGACAACCAAAUGGCAAAUUUAUUGAUGCGAAAAUAAAAGACAGAUGUUAACAAUGGGGAUUUGUUUUGUGAACAUGCUGCAUGUCUGGUAGAUUGUAUGCAAUGACCUGAAGAAUCAGCACCCUGAUUGGACAGAUGACAACCAGAAGACCCCAGUGUUUUUGUUUUUCUACAUUUUCAUCAGUUGAAAGUAGAAAGGAUUUGUUUUUUUAAUUAAACUCUUAAGUUAUGUAUGAGGACUCAAGUGUUUUAUUUUGAAAAACUUCCUGUUUGCUAUGAUAAAGAUCUUUUUUCUUUAGUUUUUCCAGACACCUAUGAGGGUGAGAACCUGUUUUUAGAAGACAGUUGUAAAUAGCACAUGAAACUACAUAGGGUUCCUUUUGUAUUUACAAUAACCAGAAUUACUGACAACUACAUUUGUUUGGACUCUGUGGAAUGACUAACAUCUAUUUCUUGAUACAGUAGAUGGUUUUGUUCAACUGUAAAUGGUUUAUAAAUAUGUGGCUCAUACAGUCUGGCUUAUUGCAUUGAAAUCAUACGGAUAAGGAUUUGGAUCCCAUCAAUAGAGAGAGGAUGCAACUUUGGUUUGGGGGAAUAUUUAUGAGUUUGUGUACAUGUAGAAAUACCAAGAAUUUUGUGCUGUUUAAUAAAUCCUCUCCUGAUUACUGA